AUGCCUCUGAUUGACUUCGUACAGAACGAUCGAAAUGGGUAUGACUUGACGUGCAAUCCACACAACGGUGAAGAGGCCGCAGUUUGUCCAACCAGUCUACCAAUUCCCAACUGCUGCCAACCCGAUUUGACCCGCGCUACAACGACUUUCGAUUCUCCUGGCGUAUGCUCGACGCGUGAGUAGACAUGCAGCAGAGAGAAUUGUGCAGUCAGAGCCUGACCACUUCUGUCAAAGUCAAACCCACGCCGACUGCUGCAUCGGUCGUGAGCUCUAUCUGUGCCAGAAAGAGUCCCAGGGAAGUGGCCAGAUGCUGUGCCACUGGGACCACCAUAGUUGUAUGUUUACAAGAAGCAGAGCUUUCGAGGGAAGUUGAGCUAAGCAGUGCAUCAGAGCAACAACAAAAAUGCAGUGUCCGUAUCUACGACCUGCGCCGAUAAUUUUCAGAGUCUGGUAGUCGCGCCAACCACACCAACAUCGCCGACUCUGACAAGUCCUUCUACGUACACAUCGAGGCCGACCUCUACUUCAUCGACUUCUACUUCUUCAAGCUCUACCUCCACUUCGACGACGUCUACAUCAACGUCUACUUCGACGUCUUCCUCGACAUCCACUUCGACUUUGACAUCUACGUUGACGUCUAAUUCCAGUUCGAUAGCCUCUACAUCGAUAUAUAGCUCGAACUUUACAUCCACUUCGACUUCAACAUCCACCUCGACGUCGACAUCGACUUCUACCUCGACCUCUACUUCUACAUCGACGUCGAAGACAUCUUCAGCUACCACUCCAACAUCAAACCUCUGUCCAGCUAG